AUGCCGUCCAAGAAGGGAGGCAAGAAGAAGAAGCCUCUGACGGAGGAGGAGAAAGUGAAGCAGGCAGAAAUGAAGGCGUUGGCUGAAAAGGAGAAACUCGUGCGGAGGCGACGACUGACCAAUGUGUUUCUCAAGCUCAAAAAAGACAAGGAGUACGAACUUCUCAAACUAAAUGACAACAAGCUUCUCGACUUGUGGCGUCCUAGGCUUCGCAAACUCAAAUGCAACGAAUUAUUGGACGAUUAUAAAAUGCUUCAAGCUGCAUUUGAGAGAAAUUACAGAAAAAAGGAUGAACUUAUUGAAGAUCUUGAAAAUGUUAUGAGACAAAAUGACGAGGAAUAUGAUAACGCAUUUGACAUGCACUUACACAACAUUGACAAACUCAUGGAAUUUUACCACAAGCGUCUCGACCAGGUACGCGAAAUGUAUGGACAACAGAAACAGAAGCUGCUGACCGUGCUGAAUGACGAAAAGUUUCGAAUGCAAAACUACCAAGAGAAAAGUCUCCGGUAUUUGAAUGGCGUGAUUGCGGCGGUACACAUGCGAUACAGAGAACUUGCUUCAGACUCCAAAGCCGAGCUCUUUAUACGGCAAGAAGAAAUGAGAAAUAAGGCUAUGGAAGAGACUCAUAAAGUAAAGGUGUCCACAGACAAAAGAAUGCAAGCGGUUUGGGAUGACAUUCAAGAACUUUUGGUGGACUAUGACGUGAGUGCAAAACUGUAUACAUAA